AGGGGAAAGGCGGGAGGGGCGCAUAGGGGAGAGAGAGGCCAGAAUCGAAAGGAGGCGCGUUCACACGCACACACAAACAGGAGCGUGUGAGGGAAGUUUCACGGUUUAAUUCGUUAAAAGUCCAGUCAUGAAUUAAAACGCGCACGCUUUUGGUUCCUCUUGUUUUUAUUUUGUUUGGCGCCUGGAGCUUUCCCAGAGGCUCCCCUCGCCCUCUCCCGCCCAAAUUCGGCGACUGAAGUUCUGCUCGUGUGUGUCUGUCUCUCCUCGUACCCCACCUUGGGGGAGACGGAUAGGAACAGCAGCAAAUAGAUUCAGCCUUAUUCCCCUGCCCUACGUCUUUCAUUGCGAGAGUGGACCAAAAAGUUUGAGCCAAGUAGAAGUUCAAACACACGCGCACACCAUUCGUGGCAUAUUGUUGUUCUGAAGGAAAAUAGAAAAAGAGGCUCCGGAGCUGCGAGAAAGCCGCGCAGCCUUGGAUGUUGGCGAAUGCUCUGGUGGGUAAUAAAAUGCGCUAGAGGCACCAGCAAGGCAGCCGGCGCGCUGGACAGCGGGGACACCCCACCCCCACCAUCGCCCAGUCCCGCCUCUCCGGGCUGCAGACGACUCUCCCUCCCCGCAGGCUCUGCAAAGGGCUGCGCAGCUCAGCCGAAGGAAGCUGGGGUCGCGUACUCUCAAAGCAACAGGGGAAGAAGGAUAAAAGAGAAAGCGGGCAGGGAGAGAGAGGUGAAAGUCCCCGCAAGUUCCGGGCGCGAUUUGGCGAAAGUCGUCCUGCCCCCUCUGCGAAGUAAGGGCAUUGCUUGCUACAAAAGGAACUCCCAUGAUGCGGCAUCUGUUUUUGAAGAUGCUCGUCUUCUUGCUGUUCUUUCUCACAGGAUUGCCACAAACCAGCUCCAUGGAGAUUUCUCCUAAUGACCAAGAAGUCAUCCUCAGUCUCUACAGUGAUUAUUCUGUGAUAUGCUCAGGGCAGAACGAGAUUUACUGGAAAAAGGACAGCAAACACGUAUUAGACACUGGGCUGGAGAGAAGGGACAACACUUUUAUUAGCAUCCUUACACUCAGGAAUGUGACUGGCUAUGAUACGGGUGAAUAUUCCUGUCUCUACAAACAAGCCACAGAGGAAAAAGCCAUCUACAUUUUUGUACCAGACCCCUCUUUGCCAUUCCUACCUAGCAGCCAAGAGGACACAUUUGUUUUCACCACAGGCCACGGCGAAGACAUUAUCCCAUGCCGUGUGACAGACCCCAACACCAGAGUGACCCUUUAUGAAAAGAAGAUUGAUGACCCAAUCCCCAGCACUUAUUUUGCACAACAAGGCUUCAAGGGGUACUUUGAAGACACGUCCUACAUCUGCAGGGCAACAUUAGACGAGCAGGAGUUUGACUCUGAAACAUUUUAUGUGUACAGCAUCCAAGUUUCCUCUUCUCCUACCUCCGUCAUCAAUGUCACUGUCAGUGCUGUGCAAACUAUUUUGAAACAAGGGGAAAAUAUCAGCGUGACUUGUGCAGUGAGAGGCAUUGAUCUGGUCAAUUAUACUUGGAGUUAUCCUGGCCAGAAGGUAGGCAAGGAGAUAAAACCAUGGACCGAUGUUGGAACAAGGGGCAGCCGUGAUACUAGUACCACCUUAACCAUCCACAACGCAGAGCUGGAGGAUGAAGGAGAUUAUAUCUGUGAGGCCACUGACACCUAUCAUGGGCAAAAAGAAACACAAAGCAUCUUUAUCAGAGUGAUUGAGCAUGGCUUUGUGACCUUCCACACUAUUCUGAAUGACACAGUUUCUGCUGAACUGCACAAAAGCCACACCUUCCAUGUGCUGAUUGAGGCGUAUCCAAGCCCAACCAUCAUUUGGCUUCAGAAUAAUCAGCCCCUGACUUCAGAGAGCAACAGUGAAUUUGCCAUCAGCACCAGGAAUUCCUCAGAAACCAAGUACCAUACUACUCUAACCCUUGUGAGGGUGAAACAGAGUGAGGGAGGUUUAUAUACUGUCCGAGCAUUCCAUGAAGAUGACUUGAAAGAGCUCUCCUUCACCUUACAGAUUAAUGUACCAGCAAAGGUGACCCAUUUGAGAGAGGACAGCAACACGACCAGUGGGGAGCAAACAGUGACCUGCAUCACAGAAGGAAUGCCCCAGCCAGAGGUUGCCUGGUAUACCUGCAAUAAUGCCAAAUGGUGUGAUGCAGAAGCCACCAAAAUCCUGGUGAAUGCCUCUGAAGAGAUGGUUCUGGAAACAAACACCACCUACCGAGAUGACAUGAGGAUUUACAUCGUGACAAGCAAGCUGCACCUCCACAGAGUAGAUGAGCCGGUCUUCCUCAGUUGUGCUACUCAAAACCUCUUGGGCGCGGAUACUCAGAACAUAACCCUAGUCCCAGACAAUUUGCCCUUCAAAGUGAUAAUCAUCUCAGUUAUCCUGGCCUUGCUGGUGCUCAUGUUUCUUUUCCUGGUGAUCCUCGUUGCUGUGUGGCGAAAGAAGCCUCGCUAUGAAAUCCGCUGGAAGGUGAUUGAGUCAGUCAGCUCUGAUGGACAUGAAUAUAUCUAUGUGGACCCCAUGCAGCUUCCGUAUGACUCCAGCUGGGAGGUUCCCAGAGACAAGCUUGUGCUAGGACGCACACUAGGCUCCGGGGCCUUUGGGCGUGUGGUGGAAGCAAUAGCCCACAGCCUGAGCCACUCACAGUCUACCAUGAGAGUUGCUGUGAAAAUGCUUAAGUCUACUGCCAGAAGCAGUGAGAAGCAGGCGCUAAUGUCGGAACUGAAGAUCAUGAGUCACCUUGGGCCUCAUCUGAACAUUGUCAACCUGCUUGGAGCCUGCACCAAAGGAGGCCCUAUCUACAUCAUAACAGAGUACUGUCGCUAUGGAGACCUGGUGGACUACUUGCACAGGAACAAGCACACCUUCCUGCAAUGCUGCAGUGAGAAAGCCAAGCAGGAAGCAGAGGUGUAUGGGAAUGCCCACACUGAGGACAGGGUGCAGAGCCAUGUUUCCUUAUCUGUGGAAAGUGAUGGGGGCUACAUGGAUAUGAGCAAGGAUGAGUCAUUGGAUUAUGUGCCCAUGGCAGUGCCCAUGUCAGAUAUGAAGGGUGAAAUCAAAUAUGUGGACAUUGAUGCCUCCAAUUAUGGUACUACCUAUGAACUGGACAGCUAUUCGCCAUCAGCUUCUGAAAAGGUGGCAUUGAUCAAUGAGUCUCCUCUCCUCAGCUAUGUGGAUCUUGUUGGAAUUAGUUUUCAGGUUGCCAAUGGAAUGGAGUUCCUAGCCUCCAAAAAUUGUGUGCACCGAGACCUGGCUGCAAGGAAUGUGUUGAUCUGCGAAGGGAAACUGGUGAAGAUAUGUGACUUUGGUCUAGCUAGAGACAUAAUGCGGGAUUCAAAUUACAUCUCCAAAGGCAAUACCUUCUUGCCAUUGAAAUGGAUGGCACCUGAGAGCAUCUUCAACAACCUCUACACUACCUUGAGUGAUGUGUGGUCCUUUGGAAUCCUCCUCUGGGAAAUAUUCACUCUGGGUGGGACUCCAUAUCCUGAACUGCCCAUGAAUGAGCAAUUCUACAAUGCUAUCAAACGUGGCUAUCGUAUGUCCAAGCCUACACAUGCUUCUGAUGAGAUCUAUGAAAUCAUGCAGAAAUGCUGGGAUGAGAAAUUUGAGAUCCGACCUUCUUUCUCUCAACUGGUGGUACUCGUGGGGAACCUGCUGGCAGACAGCUAUAAGAAGAAGUACCAACAAGUCAAUGAAGAAUUCUUGAAAAGCGACCACCCUGCUAUUGUCCGCACAAGGCCUUGGAACUCAAGUCUCAACAAUUCCAGGUCCACUGCCAUCAAUUCCAGCACCACCUCAGGCGCUGUCCUUUAUACAGCUGUUGAACAGAAUGGACUGGACAAUGAUUACAUCAUUCCUUUGCCGGACCUUAAACCAGAGGGAGCCAAUGAAAACCUGCAGGAGACCUCCAGCAGUCGGGCAAGCUCUUCACUGAAUGAAGCACACACAUCGUCUACUAUAUCUUGUGACAGCCCUCUAGCCCCACAGGAAGAAGAAGAAGAAAAAGAAGAAGAAAAAGAAGAAGAAGCAGCAGCUCCAGAACCAAAGCUAGACUGCUAGGAUUAUUAGAGAGGUGUGUGAGAGAGAGCGUGUGUGCAUGCAUGGUGGUGCCGGGGAGUUCUGGUCACAAAUUGGUGCUUCCCUCUCCUUUAGCCAUACUGCAAUAUGCCAUUAUCUUCCAUUCUCUUCAGCCCACAGCAGAACCCAGAAACUGUAACACUGAAGAGACUUUCUGCAGCCAGGAUUGAGUAGAAGUUAAUAUGGCUCCUCACGCUUCAUAACUGAGACUAUUUUCAUUCCAUUGCCUAAUGCAGAAUUCAUUCUCCAUUCAUACUUGUCUCUGCUAACCAAGGCUAUCAUGAUGAGAAAUGUCGCUCUUUGCUUGACAGCCUCACUACCUUAUUGCUGGAGUGGAAAUAACCUUCAUAUAAGACUAAUCUUUCCACAAUAAGGCAUGUCCCCCUUGUAUCAAGCCAAAGAGAAAAAUCUCCAGUGGUUCUCUUGAGGAGUGCCUUUACUCUAAUUGUUUCACUUUCUAUUUUUGCAGGCUUAUUUUUGAGGCCAGCAACUGUUCAAUGAAUUUUCUAAUCAAUGGAUGAUUAAAUUACACCUUUUAAAAUUUAUCCUGAAAGUGUGGAUGGGGUAUGAAUGUACGUAUGUAUGGGCAGUUUUUUUGGUUUUUGCUUUGCUAGCGAAGGAGACACAGAGAAGUGAUCUGCCCACAGUUUUAUCCAAUUUACAGACAUUCCAUGGGGUUCUCUGUUCAGGGCAGUAUUAUGAUGAUGACCAACAGAAGAGCAACAUCAGACAUUUCACUCGGGUUCUGCUCUUCAUUGCCUUGGUUCUCCACUGCUUUUGCUGAGUAGUUCCAGGAUCACGAGAAUGAUGGUACAGAUACAGGUACCGUGGAUUACAGGUACUAAUAGAUCUCAAGGAUCAGAGAUUGUCUAGACUAGACCUAAAGCCACAACUUUAUCGCCCAAGAACAUACUGAGCAAAUGGAGACCAUCAACUAAUGACUCAGCUGUGGCAACAGCAGGACAGUCCACGGCUACAUUUCUCUGCAUCCUGUCUUUUUAUCAUACUUCUAAUUUUAAAAGGAACGAGUGGGUCUUUCUGAGGCCAGUAGGAAGAUGCUAGUGUACCUUGCGAGGAAAGGCAAACUGCACUAUAUUUGUUUUACCUUGGAGGUCGAUGGAUAGCAGUUGUCGUUGGUCUGUCCCAUUCUGCCUCUAAGGGGAAAGGAUCGUUGGCAGGUUCUUUCAGGAAAAAUGCAGGUUGUGCAUAUGGCAGCCUUUGCCCACCUGAUGCCCUCCAAAUGUUUUGGACUACAACUCUGUUGCACCCGAAGGGGCAAUGGUUCUUUUUGGAUUCAGAACACAAUGGGGUGAAGGCUGAAGAUUUUAUUAAACAGCCCAAAGAAAACCUCUGCAUUGCCAUUUUCGUACAUCCAUGAUGCUGUUGGAGAGUCCCUCAACAGACAGUGGGCAUGACUCCUGCAGGUGGAGCUUGGCCAGUAGACAGCACUUUCCAGGUAGCCUAGUAUAGAGGUUCUGGCUAACAAUGAUGUUCUUGGGGGUAUAUAUACACAGCUAGAAUUUGGGUGAUACAUCAGUUUCCCACCAGAGCGAAAGACUAACUAAUACUUGGCAGGAAGUCAACAUAGAUCACUUCCAGAGCUAGCUAAUGCUCCCUAUAGCAGGUGUCAGGAUGAUAUCCCUGUGAAAGCUUAUCUAGAAGGAAAUGAUUCCCAUGCAGUGCUGUCUCAGCAUGAUGAACUGCGAGAAACUACUAGUUUGUGGAAUAAACAUAAGUAACCACCUAAAGGCCCAGACCCACAGGAUUUUUAAACAUUAUCUGGGCAUGAGAGGGCCAAUUGCUGGGCACCACCCAAAUCUCCUUGAGAUAAUAAUUGUCUUCUGCAGUGUGGCAGUAGAAACUCCCAUCAGCCGCAGUUAGCAUAUGCCGGCUGGAGCUGAUGGAAGUUAGUCCAAAACAAGUGGAGGGUACCAGGUCACCCAAGCCUAUCAUAUGCCAUAGCCUGCAUCUCAUAUCAGACUUAUAUGGAGAACCUUUUCUUUUCUUGUUUUAAGCAGAGAGCAUUGGGAGAUGAUGAGGAUGGGCAGAGGAGAUUCUACUCCAAAGCUGAGCAGUAGAUGGUAGGUGAGGUUCUCAAUAUAUUCUAUUUAAGAGAAUCAUGAAAAAUUCCUGCCAGUGUGCCUCAGAGCUAAUCUACAUUUUAGACAGAAUGAGCUAGCAGAGUUCUUUCCCAUGCUACUUGAAAUUACAGGUGGGGGGGGGGCGGCACACUUUGAAUUUUCUCCCUUGUAAAAAAAAAGAUCACUAUGUAUAGCACAGCGGAGCUGUGUAGCCUUCUCUUUGGAGUGCUGGCCUAUUACAUGCAAAGAGUUUCAAAAAUAUGGUUUCUCACUGUGGUCAUAAACUGUCAAAUUUUGUUCUCAUUCUUCAUAAUCUGUAGAUCAACUCCAAACUUGCCUCAGCCAGAAAUCCCCCAGUUGAAAAACUGCUUUUUCUCGAAUCCUUCCUUAACAGAAGCAAUUCCUGCCAAAGCUGGCUCUAACAUCUCCUCCAAUUCACUAAAUAUUCAUUCUGGUUGGUGUUAACAAAACAUUGUUUAUUUUGUUUCGUACCAUAGAUAUAGAUGGGGGAGGGGUGGUGAGUCAAGUUAGGGAUAUUUUAAAGGAAGGAAGGAAGGAAGGAAGGAAGAGAGAGAUAGAGAUAGAGAGAAAUAUGGCUUUUCAGUACAUUUACCGUAAUGGUGACUUUUUAAAAAAAGGCAUUAGUACCUACCACUACCCCACUCCCAAUGUUGUAUUUGCUAAUUUUCUGUCCAUUUUCUUGUUAUACAGACAUUUAGAUUUAAGUAGAAGCAGGGGGUGUUUUCAAAAGAAUGUGCCACUUAAAAGGAUCAGUGUUAUGGCAGCGAGAAAGUAUAUUCCAUAAACCAUGGGCAGUGCCAGGUUUAUCUCUUUCCAACUGAAAGACACAUCCUUUUCCAUCAGUCUUUGAAUUACACUCAUAAUUCAAAGUAGUUACCUACUUGAUAAUAUUGCCUGUAGAAAUGACCUAUUGGUAUUCUACUUUAGGACACUGAUAUGAUGGAAAUAUCUCUGGGUGGGGACAGGUAAGACCACUAUGGCAUAGCUCCUUUUUAAGUGCUGUGUAGUAUAGUAACUACACCAUGUUCAUAUAUUACCAUAGCAUGGACAAUGUUUAUCCCAGCUGGCUUAAGCAGUAUUAGCCCAAUGUGCAUAGUACUUUUCCAUGGUCAGAGACCUGUAGCCCAGUGGCAACAGCACACAAUGCUUUCCAUGCAGACGGUCUCCCUGGCAUUGGCCAAGACAUUUACUGAGAUCCCGGAGAGCUAUUGCCAGUCAGUUUAGUCUGCCGUGGUCAGGCAGCUUCCUAUGCUCUGUGAUGGGAUUUUGGUGUGACCUGAAAUACAAGCCAGCAUUUUAAAGAGCACAGUAAGGUAAAGGUAAAGGGACCCCUGACCAUUAGGUCCAGUCGUGACCGACUCUGGGGUUGCGGUGCUCAUCUCGCGGUAUUGGCCGAGGGAGCUGGCGUACAGCUUCCAGGUCAUGUGGACAGCAUGACAAAGCCGCUUCUGUGAACCAUAGCAGCACACAGAAACGCCAUUUAGCUUCCCACUGUAGCGAUACCUAAUUAUCUACUUGCACUUUGACGUGCUUUCGAACUGCUAGGUUGGCAGGAGCUGGGACCGAGCAACAGGCGCUCACCCCGUCACAGGGAUUCGAACCGCCGACCUUCUGAUCGGCAAGCCCUAGGCUCUGUGGUUUAACCCACAGCGCCACCUGUGUCCCAAAGAGCACAGUAGACAUAUAUAAUUACUUAUAUAGCUCAGAGGGCUAUAGUUGUAGCUGGGCAGAUAUGUUCUGCUACACCUAAGGUUCCUUGUCAAGGAUGGACAACCUGAUUUGCCUUCUGCUCCACUAAGCUGAAUAAUUCUUCAGUUUUGCAUCUUGGUAAGGCGGUGGUUUAACAGUGUUGCUGCUAGUGAAAAUGACUCUAGCCAAGGCCAGUGGAUCAGCCAAAUGACACUGCCAAAUGCCAAGGUACCCACCCACCCCACCUGGGUUGAAGCAGCACCAGUGGAUGUUCUCAUAGCUUAUAUAGCAAGGACACAAAACAAUUGAAAUUGAGGAAUAGGCAUCACUUUUUGCACAGAGCCAAACUCCUCACCAACAAAAAACAGAUAGGAAAUCUGAAGUCACUGGGCAUUUCCAUUCCACUGUUUCAGACUGCUGGGUACCAUGUUUUUUUUUCAAACACUGCAAUUCAUUCAUACCUGCUGGGCCCCAGUUGCCAGGUGGCACCGGCUGCAAUGGGUUCUAGUUAAUAAAACGUUCACACUAAUAUAAGAAAGCUGAGCUUUGCGGAUUAGCCCCCUGACAUUGGCAAGACUAGAGUGAGAGGCAGGAGGAGGUACUUAACCAAAGAACUCUUCUGUUUCCACAACUUUUAUGGCCAUGGUUUGGUCUAUGAGUCUCCUUCCCCCAGGGGUCCCUUGCUGUUUUGUAUUUUUGCAUUACUGUCAUUUGGGUUUGCUUGGCUUUAUUUUAUAUUUUUAGAAUAUUGUCUAACCAAUAUUCUAAAUUUUAGAAAUGUCUCAAAUCCAUUUUUGCAAUCUUGGUCUCAUUUCUAGCAUAUUAGUAUACAGUACUCUGUGAUAUUUUAAUCUACAGCUGUUUCACUGUUAUCAGUUCAAAUAUAAGCACCUUUCUCCAGCCACCCACUACUGCUAUAUAGACAGAAUGUACCAGAGGAAUAUUGUCACAUUACAAAAUUACGUGUGUUUUUUUUAUAUUUUCUGUGCUUUGAAAUGCUUAUGAGAUUGAUAUGUAUACAGUUUUUUUUGUCUCUGCCUUUCCAUUUCUGUUUGACUGUGUUGUUUUUAUUAAGUGAGGGGUGUAGAGAAUGGCAGAGUUUUACUUUCUGUUGUGUGAUCCAUAUUAUGGUGGACUUUAGUUGUCUUUAGUAUGGUGGACAAUGAGUUGCCUUGUCUACUUUUCCAAUGGCCAACGUGUCCUUCGUAGACCGAAAGACAGGAGAUAGAAGUGCAAUUAAACAAUGUUAUUGAAGUUGGCCAAUAUUGGCAUUUAAGCUCCCUUCUUCAUAGUCUCACCAGCUUUCUGAAAUAAGCAGACCAUUCAAAAACAGUUUGGAAACCAGUAAACACUAAAUUGAGGACUGGAGAAUCAAACCAGUUCCGUUUGAUUUGUAAAGCAUUGCACAUGUUCCAAGCAAAAGGGAAUCCUUUCUCAGAUUACUUUCUUUACAGACACUCAUAAUGCAAAUCUUAUUGACAAUUAUUACAGGCAGUUAUUAUAUGGUCAGUAUUAAAUUAAUCUGAACACCUUAAAAGGGUCAGUUCCAUGUUAUGUUUCUUCUAUUAAUUUAAAGAAUCUGAGACAAAAUGGCCAAAAUUGCUACUAAUUCUGAUGAAUCAGAUAGAAGAACUUUGCCAUUUGUGUGUAUCAAACUUGGAUUUAAUAAUCUUUGACAUCUACAAAAAUGUCCACUUUAUUCUUGUUUUGUUACAUGUAUCUUAAAGUAACGAAUAGGGGGAAAAUAACAUUAGAAAUGAAUCACAACAUGUUUCUUCCUCUUCAUCCAUCAAAUUUCCUCUUUGUGGAGGAAGUUGUUCUACUUUCCAGGCACCUUUUUGGCAUUCCCAAUCCUUGUCUCUUGGCAGAGCCAUAGAGACUCUUUCUUAUAGCAACUGACAGCAAUCUCUGAAUGGGAAUCCAUUUCUUGUAUUUUUAAUCCUUUGUACACAAUCAUGGGAGUGAAAUACAGAAAGGUGUCUUGAACUAAGGUACCAAAGACAUAAUAUCCUAGGUUUACAAAUGUAUGUUAGGACUCUUAUUAAACCACAUUUAUACCAGUGAGAUAUUAUUUUUUAUGCUGUAAACUUGUCAUAUAUGUUUUCUAAAAAGAUUUUUAAAAUUAAAAGAGCUUCUUUUUAAAAACCCUGGGGCUUUUCUGUGAUCUUAACAAAAGAGGUUUAAAGACUGUCUCAAGGCAAAUCUUUAAAAAUGUAGUAUAAACACUGACAACUGGGAAACACUGGCCUGCAAGCACUCCAGUUGGAGAACAGCCUUUACCAAAGGUGUCAUGGGCUUUGAAAAAACUCGAUCUCAGGACGUAAGGGAGAAUCAUAUGCCAAGAGGAAGGCACGCUUGGCAAAUCCACACCGUGAUCAACUCCCGCCUGGAAACCAAUGUCCCCACUGUGGAAGGACGUGUGGAUCCAGAAUUGGCCUCCACAGUCACUUACGGACCCAUUGUUAAAACCGUGUUUAUGGAAGACAAUCUUUCUCGACUAUGAAUGAUUGCCAAAGAAGAAGAAUAUUUCUUAGAAAACAUUGGGGGGGUUGAGGAGGUUUCUCCUAAAUUUCUUAGCAAAUGAAUUAACAGCAUUGAGAGGAAGAAUGUUAAUAUGCUUAGGUGCCACAAGACUCUUUGUUGAACAUGGUUAAUAUAACUCCAGGGCUUAGAGAGAGCUUAUCUGCAGUACCAAGGAAAGAGUGCAUGUGACAGAGAGAGAGAGAGAGAGAGAGAGAGAGAGAGAGAGAGAGAGAGAGAGAGAGAGAGAGAGAGAGAGAGAGGGAGUCUGUGAGCAGAUGAAGACUCAGUGGGCUGUAUGAAAAAAGGUAAGUGGAAAGAAGAGCUUACAGGUGCUGUCUAGGUGUGUAAGAAGGCAUACAAGCAGGUCUGCCAACAGCAUAGACCUGGUCUGUUGUUUGUAUGCACCGCUGAGAGGUGUGAGCCAAGACUUUGAGGGCUCCUCCAAUAUCUGGAAUCCUACCAAUUAAUUUACCAGGACCUAUUUUGCCUAUAGCAGUGCAUUCAAGUAGUGUCCAAUGAAAAUGCUUCACCUGAGACAACAUACAAGCCUCGCUCUAGCAUAAAUCAACACUGGAGGCCAGCCUGAAAAUGUUUCUUCCAUCCAACAUCUCUGAACUAUGAGAGCUCUUCUCCACUUCCAUGGGGAAAAUGAAAUGCAAAAUGUGUGUUCAUCAUCAGGGAUGAUGAUCAUAUACAUUUGUUUGCAGCUUCCCAGAGCAUGUGAACAGCAUACAGACUCUGCAAAAUGUGCAUAUGUAUGCUAUUUCCUACUAUAUGGAAGUGCCAUCUGUGCAGAGAAUGUUCAUGUUUAAAUUGCCCUUAAGUUGCACAUUCUUCUCCAGCUGAGGAAAAGUGAGAGGUGUAAUACCAAGCUUAUAUUUUACAUCAAAGGUUAAGGCUCAUAGUGCUGCCUUAGUGCUGGGAUGGUCAGGCAAGGUGAGGACCUUGCUUGGUCUGGAUCCAGCCAGUCCUUGGAUGGGAGACAGUGUGAGAAUUCCAUGUAUGCCACUUUGAGUUCCAUGAAGAAAGAAAAGGGGUGGUGUUAUGAAUUGCAUUAAAUAAAUAAUCACCCCCAUCUGUCCUGGGGAAAGGAGGGGCUGUUGCUUUUUGCAUAUAUAUGUGUAAAUUCUAUGCAGUCAACUAACUGUGUGGCUCACCUAAAAAUGCAACCCAGCCACAGGGCAAUAACCAAAAGUAACCCAGACCCAGGAGAUUGGUCUUUAUCAGGGGACACAAGGGACUCUGCUACAUUGGCAAAGAAAAGGCGCUUCAUAUGCAUUGUAUAUGCAUUAUAACAUUGUGACACCAGAUGGCGCUGUGGAGUUCCGUUUUUGCCAACCUGAUUUCUCAUACAAAGUUUACAUUGUGUUUAACUGAAACGCUUCUUUGAAGUAUCUAGAUCCAGCCAAGAUCAGCUGUAGAAAGCAUCACUCGGUCUGUGGGCAUCUCAUGCCUGGUCUAAAUGAUUAUUUGUUAUCCAAUAUUUUUUUUUUCCAUUUGCAAGACCAUCUGUAUGCCUGUCCUGGUUGAACUGCUCUCACAUUUCCUGUGCCAUGUUUCAGCUACUGCAGAUUAUUCAAUGCAACAGCUGGUUCAGCAUCUUGUCCCUCUUCCUCUCUCUUAUAUUACUAAUUUAGUAAAAUUAUUCAGUCUUGUAAAACAGCUAUUUUAAUGCAUCUUCUUGGAAGUCUGCUAGCAACCUGGGUGCAGGUGACUAAUGAGAUGGUUUCCUGAAAAAAGGAGAUAAAAUUAGCAUCCUUGGCGCAUCCAGUUAGCUGAAGCUCUCAAAAACCAUUGCCCUUAAAAUCAAUUUGAUGCUGUGGCUACAGCAUGCUGUGUUUUUGACCUCUUUCCUGCUUGUGUCAGUAAACUGUAUUAGCUGAUAGAAGAUGAUUCAUGUGCAAGUGUAAAAUGAGCCUGCUUUAAGACCCUAAAAUGUACCAACUGCGACUAAGCUGAGGAGAACAGUUUGAUGGCUUUUUCAUUGGCAAAGGCAUGAUUCAUAGGGGGAGGCUGAGAUGUUCUUGUCAAGACUGGCAGCUCUGUCCACCAACAGUCAUUAAUAGUUGAGUCAACAAAGAAGGAAAAAUAAUCACCCUUACCCCAUCAAAAAAUAUUGCAUUUAUACAAACCCUUUUUAUGUUAAGUCUCUGGGGAAAGAAAAGAACUCAACAAACUUCAGUGGCUGUGGGGAAAAUCAUGGACAUCCAUCAAAUGUAAGCAGACAUGAAGUUACCUGAGCAUUAGGGCUGUCCAAACAAAAAUUACCUCAGAACUAGUGUCAGAUUUAUGCACAAGCUAAGUAAGCUACAGCUUAGGAGCUCCAUUUACGAAGGGCCUCCAAUUAUUUUUACUAAUUCUCCAUGAGUUUGCUCUUGAAAACGUCACAAAACAGUUUUAAAUUUAUCGCUGCUUCCAUUUAGUAAGUGCAAACUGCACGUGUGUGUGUAACUGCUCCUGUGUUGCUGAACAUUAAAAGUUCUUACAUAUGUCAAGCAAGAA